AGCAGCGGCUGUUGUUGGAGUUUUAGACAGUGAAAGGACAGAGCAGCAGCUUUUGGGGGAAAACCAUCGUCAUCGUUCAUCAUGAGGUGUCUGGUGUUUCUGCUCUUGGUCGCACUUAGUGGCGCCAAAGUCUUCGAGCGCUGUGAAUGGGCCCGACUUCUGAAGAGGAGCGGGAUGGACGGCUACAGGGGCAACAGCCUCGCCGACUGGGUUUGCCUGAGCCAGUGGGAGUCUCACUACAACACCCAAACCACCAACCUCAACACUGACGGAACCACCGACUACGGCAUCUUCCAGAUCAACAGCCGCUGGUGGUGCGACAACGGCCAAGGAAUCACGGAAAACGCGUGUGGAAUCAAGUGCAGCGAACUCCUGACGGACGACGUCACUGUGGCGAUCGAGUGUGCCAAACGAGUCGUUCGGGAUCCCAACGGCAUCAGAGCCUGGGUGGCGUGGGUGCAUCGCUGUGAAGGUCAUGACCUCAGUCCGUACCUAGAAGGAUGUGGUUUGUCACCGACGUCUGGAACCUUCAGAGCAAAGACGACUUAUCUUCUUUUCAUUAAAUCCAUCUUUCAAAGUCACUUUCCCUCUGUUAAUUUGACAGAAAUGAUAAUAAAUCCAUGAUUUCUACAGAAAAAAAGAGCAAACUUUCAUGUUUUAUAAACAGAGUAAAGAUCGUCUUAAAUCCUCCGCGAUGAUACUUUCAUCAUUUUAAAUAAACUUUAGAAACCUGGGA